GCCGCCCUCUUGACAAACCUCCGGCUGACCGGCUCUCUGACAGGGACUAGAGAGUAGAGCCACUACCAGGACCAGGACAAGGACCAGGACCGCGUUAUAUGCAGGAUGCACCCUGCUGAGUGUGUGUAGCUCAUCUCCAUGCGGCAGCCCCGGGAUGAUGGACCCGGACUCUGUGUGUGUGGGCAGCUUGAUCCCGCUGACGGAGCAGGAGAGUCAGCUGUUCUCCGGGCUGCACAGCCGCUGCCAGGCCGACCCCUCCGGAUCCCUGUCCUCCGGGAGGGUGGCUGAGCUGUUCCAGGCUGCACAGCUACCCCCUGAAACCCUGCACCGGGUGAUGGAGGUCUGCGGGGCGAAGCGGCUCGGGUUCUUCGGGACUCCUCAGUUCUUCAUGGCUCUGAAGCUGCUGGCUGCCGCUCAGGCCGGAUUACCGGUCCAGCUGGAGAGCCUGACUGCAGAUCUCCCUCUGCCCAGGUUUUUGGGUCUGAAGAUUGAUCCGGAGGUCCGGUACCCGGUCGCCCCCCCGCCUGCAGAUGGGUCUACAGGGUCAGUGACCUGGGCCCCCCGCGACCUGAGCUUCAGACACCUGGAGGCCGAGGGGGAGAAGAAGGACGCCUGGUCUCUCCCCCGUUCACCCAACAGCUCCCUCCCCCGCUCCCCCCUCACCCACCACAGGUUUCCAUACAGCCAGCAGAGGAACGACCCCCCCACAAGUUAUGAGAUCAGACCCCCCCUCAGUGUUCAUCAGGAGCAGCACUCCUCCCCGGGGGGCUUCAGGAGCAGUGUGGAGCCGGCUGUGCGGGCCACGGCAGGCCCCCCCUCUGAGACUGAGGACCCCUGGAGGAUUUCAGAGGAACAGCUGCAGUAUUACACCGCUCAGUUCACGGGCCUGCAGCCCGACCUUGGGGCCCUCAUCCUGGGAAGCAUUGCUAAGAGCUUCUUCACUAAGUCCAGACUGCCGAUCCCAGAGCUGUCCCACAUCUGGGAGCUGAGCGACGUGGACAGAGACGGCGCUCUCUGCUUCUCCGAGUUCUGUACAGCGUUCCACCUCAUCGUGGCUCGGAAGAACGGCUACCCUCUGCCGGACACCCUGCCCCCCCCCCUGCAGCCGAGCCUAUUGCUGCACACACAGCCCCCACCCGAGACUAACUGUGUGUUCCUGCAGAGCGCCGAGCCUCUGAUCCUGUUCCAGGACGGGCCCCCCAGGAUCGGACUCACGGAGAGCAGCAUCUCAGAACAGACCGGACAGCCCCCCCCUCUCCCAGAGUGGACCGGACUCCCCCCACCUCACCCAGAGCUGAAGAAGGAAGCCUGUAGACAAGAUGUGCAGACGGUGAAACCCUCUCAGGUGGAUCAGGGUCUGCAGCGGGGGGGUUUCCCUCGGAGGCCAGAGCCUCGUCAGGAUCUGGACCCCCACCUGAGGGCCAGAACAAGACCCAGGUCCUUCUCCAGCACCUCUAUAGAAGAGGCCAUGAAGAAGUCAGAGGAGCCCCCCACCCCUCCACCCCGACCCCAGAAGACCCACUCCAGAGCCUCCUCUCUGGACCUCAACAAGCUCUUCCAGCAGGGGGCUCCAGGUCCUCAUACAUUUUCAGGAAUAAAGAGUGGGUGGUUGCCCUCCCCUCCAGCUCUGCCCCCCCGCCCUCCAGCCUCCCAGAAGCAGAGGGGGGCUGAAGACCCUCACUGCAGGAUCAGGAGCUCUGAAGACCUGACCAUCACCUCCAAACAGGAGCUGGCCCCCCCUCCCCCCCAGGCCCCUCAGAAGCCGAUCAGGAGGAAGUACCAUCCAGAGGUCCAGAACCUGGAGCCCCCUCCCACCAAACCUGCUCAGAGGCUGCCGUCCAAACAGAAGAGGCAGAUCCAGAUGUUGAUCCGUAAAAACAAGGAGACCAACGCCGUGCUGACGAGGCUCAACAGCGACCUGCAGCAGCAACUCAAGGAGGUGCAUCAGGACAGACUGACCCUUGAAUCCCAGCUGGAGCUCCGGAGGCCCCUGGCCCCGACGUGACCCCCCUGGGCCCCGGGUAAAGGCCCUGACCCUCCGGAGGGUCUCUGGAACUAAGAGGUCUGCAGAGGAAAACAUGAAGUGUCUUACAGAACGAUGUUACUCCUCUAAGUCCUGACUCCCCCUGACCCCCCCUGACCCUCAUGAGGCUCUCAGCAGCUCUCUGAGGUCUGAGCGUCUGCUCCCGCUGAACCAUGCAGACGUCUACCUGAGGAACUUUCACUAUCCCCCACCUCUGACGACAGCUCCGUCUGACUGCUGAUUCUUUCAUCCCUCUUUGUGUUAAUCAUUUCAUUUCUGCAAGUUUAAAAUGAAUAUUUUCAAUAACGGAAAAGUUAUGAUCAGUCUAAUAAAGAAAAUGAAUCAGAGUGUUUCUGUAGAGCAGAGAAAUGAGAGGCUGUGGGCUUCUGCAUGUUGGGGCUGGAAACCUGAAGUCGUGCUGCUGAAGGCGAACAGACGUUCAAUAAAGGCUCU